AUGGCUGCGCCCAUACAUAAUUUCUCUGUUCAAGAUUGUAAAGCUGCCUUACACGAUGUCCUCGAAGCCUUUUUGCUCCCGGAAAAUUCUUCCAGGAUAAAGGAAGCCAAGGAGAGUGCUGGAAACGAUAUGCUUAGAUCCAUGCAGAUUUUGUUUCCAGCACUCACACAGAUACAGAUGGAUGUGAUAGAGAGAUAUGGCUUCACUCCAGAUGGUGAUGGUGUAAUAAGAUUCACUCAGACAGUCAAGGCCUAUGAAAAACAGGACCAGGAGAUUGCUCAACUGAAUCAAGAGCUUAAAUCAUGGCUUAUCCCUCCAGUUUCUCUGUCUUCGUCAGAUGGUACAGAUACUUCUGGGACAUCAUAACACUUAAUGAUCUGGACAAAGUUGAAUAAGACUUUAAGUUCAAGUGAUGUAUCAAGAUCUAGCCCAAGAUUAAAAUAUGAUUUCUUAGAAUUGCUUGCACAUGUAGUCAAAAAGCAAAGAGGAUGGAACUUUAUUACUGAUAAAAAAUGAUAGGACAGAGAUAUGAUUGAACCAACUUACUGUCUAUAAAAAAUGGAAAAGAUGUCAAACAAUCUAGAAGUUUCUUGCAGUUUUAAAAUGAUGAGUUCUUUUACUGUUUGAGACAAUGUGCAUUCUCAAAACAAGAAUUCAGGACUAGUCGCUAUGGAAUAUUUGAGUAUGUAACACAAUGAAUGUAAUUACAAUGUAUAAAUAUAUAUAAAGGAACAAGGGAUAAGCAUGUGUAUGGAAACAAUAGGAGCUUGAGUUUAUGUAUUAAAACAGUUUGAGGAGCUUAAAACUUCCAUACAUGAACGGGACAGUUUUAAGGACAAGUAAAAUGUCCUCUUUGUUGUUAUCUAGUAAGCAAGGAACUUGUUAAACAAAGGGAUAGGGCACCAUUUAAUUGCUCAUCAGUUGUUAAAAAGCUAGUUAUUUGUAGUGCCAAAUGAUAAACAUAUAUUGUAGAGUGUCGACAUGUAAUGGAAAUUUGGUCUUGAUGUAUUGAAACAUUUAUAACUUUGCAUAUAAAAAAUUGACAUUGUCAUCAUAUAAUGUUUGUAAAAGGCACCAAAUUUUUCUGUCUUUCAUUGCACUUUGUUUAUGUUUGGGAACAAUGGUUGGAGGUUAGUUUUAUCAGAGAUCUAAAAAGUAGAUCUGUGAUAAUUUAUACAUUUGAGGAAAGAAGUGAUUAGUUUGUAUGGAAUGUAAUCAAAGACUUUGCCUCUUUGAAUGAAUUACGUGUAUAUUAAUUUUAGUAUACACAUGAAUAUAUGGCAUCAAGCAAAGUAGUAAUCCUGUUAAAAUCAGAUAUCUCAUUUCAUUUAAUACUUCGUUACAUGAUGAAACAAAGUAAGGUAAGUGCUGACAUGGUAUAUUAAUAUAGUUAAUAAACUUGCUGUUUCUGUAUUCAUUUAUUUCCAUGUAGCUGAUGUUGAUUAUGUAUAAUGCUUGUUUAUU